AUGUCUGUCUUACUUUUCCCGCCUAGGCAGCUAGAAAAGGAAAAGCUUGUGCAGCAAGGAUUUCCCCUCUUGAUUGUCAUAUUCUUCACUGAAGAGCUUUCUUCUCACUGGGGUUCUGGUAAGAUUUUUGCAUUCUGCACUCUCAGCCAUGGCCCGUACCCAGUCAAGGCUUUGGAUUCGUUCAGGUAUCUGCAGCUUCUUUGCAAGCUCUUUCCAAGUGCCCCAACACUACACACUUGUAAUAGAAGAUUGGUUUCAUGUCCACCACCUCUCCAGCAGUCUAAGCCAAUAGAACUCCAGAUUCUUUGGUUUUGUAGGCCAUUGGGUAUUUUCACCAUUAUUGUCGUUCUUGGCCUUGCUUGUUCGGUUACAGCUCGAGUAAUGAAGGAUGCCAUGACUGUGUUCGACGUUAUGAGUUACGGAGCUAUUGGCGAUGGCACGGCUGAUGAUACCUAUGCAUUCUCAAAGGCAUGGACUGCAGCCUGUGGGGAAGCUUCAGGUUUCCCUGUCAUGGUCAUCCCUGAAGGGAAGACAUUUCUCCUUAUGCCCAUACUGUUUCAGGGCCCUUGCAAGUCUAAAACUGUCGGUGUUAAGAUUUUAGGGACUAUCGUGGCCCCAGAGAAUCCUGUUAUGUGGAAUGGCAAGGACAUCGAUUUAUGGCUUGCGUUCAAAGAUGUGCAUGGCCUUUGGAUGGACGGUACUGGCUGGAUAAACGGUCGAGGCUAUAACUGGUGGGACCAGUCUUGCAGGAAUAAACCAAAACCGGGAUGCACCACUCAGGCACCUACGGUUGGUACCAAACUCCAUAACUUAUAUGUAAAACAUGUACAAAUGUUCAGUAUCUACUCCUGCAGCGAGGUUUUUGUUAGUAAUUUGAAGUUCAUCAAUAGCCCACAGUUCCAUAUCAAGGUUGGGUGGAGCAACAAGAUCCACUUCACUAAACUCCUUAUCAACUCUCCAGAAACUAGCCCCAACACUGACGGAAUUCACAUCGAAGCGACAAGCCAUGUCAAUAUACAUGGUGCAGUCAUAGCUGCCGGUGAUGACUGCAUUUCUAUUGGAAACGGAACAAGUGAUAUUAAUAUCAGCAACAUAAUAUGUGGACCUGGACAUGGUAUAAGCAUUGGAAGCUUGGGGAGGGGAGGAUCCACUGUAACAGUUGAUCAUAUUUCAGUGACGAAUGUUAAAUUCUUGAGAACCACAAAUGGAGCUCGGAUCAAAACAUGGCAGGGAGGAAGAGGAUAUGCUAGCAAUAUCAAGUUUGAGCAGCUCGAAUUCACAGAGGUACAGAAUCCCAUCAUCAUUGAUCAAUAUUAUUGUGAUAAACAAUGCAAAAAUGUGACGGAAGGCGUUCAAAUUAGCGAUAUUUCCUACAGAGAAGCCUUUGGGACCUCCAAGACACCUAUAGCGAUCAGCCUCAACUGUGAUGAGACCGUGGGAUGCAAAGGGAUUUUCAUGGAGAAUAUUAAAAUCACAUCGGCCAUCCCAGGAAAACCAGUCACAGCAUCUUGUUCAAAUGCUAAGGGAAAGAGGCUCGGCGAAGAUGAAACUGAUGAUGCCACUGCCGGCAAAGACGAAACUGAUGAUACCACCACUGGCGCAUCAAAGAGGCUCAAGAACGCUUGGCCAAGGAGCGAGAGGAGAUACUAA